AAUUCUUUUCAUUCUAAAUUUUCAAGACAAGCCGGACCAAAAAGGGCAGCUGAGCCGAGCCCUCCCUCUCCGAUUCUGGUCAAAACCCGAAAAGCCAGAGAACAGAGUAAUCAACUUCACCAAAACCACAGCCUUUAGAGCUCGCCGAGAAUAUUGCCAAAAAAAAAAAAGGGUGAAAAAGAAGAGAGAGCGUAGAGAUUGAUCGAGUCAGUGUGAGGAGGAGAAGCAAUCUUUAAUCAUCUUGGAUUCCAAUCCACUCGCUUCUAGCUAUACAGUUUCAUUAUUGGAUUGUAGAUACGCUCGUGUUACUCCUUUCCACUUUCUUGGAAUGGAGGAUGUCAAAGUUGCAGAAAAAAUGAUUCCCCCAGAAUCCUCUCCAUCCAACCACCAUGAUGAUCACUCUGGUAGGGAUGCUCCUACAAACCCAGAAAAGCAUGACAGAGUUGAAAGUGAUAGUCAUUUGUUAAAGAACGAGAAUUCUAAACCAGAGGCUGCACAAAGUGCUUCUGAUGUUCCAUCUCUGGCACAAAAUCAACUACAUCCAACAGAUAAUCCGUCUUCUACCUCGUUAACAAUAGAAAAUGGUAAAUUACCAACUGCAGAACAGGCUUCAAAGAUCCCAUCUCUAGAGCAAAACCAGCCUCUGCCAACAGAUACCACAGCCUCACAGUCGACAGUUACAGUUACUCAGGAUACUCUGAAGAAAGAUUCUGGUCCUAAAGAUGUUGACCCAUUAUUACAACAAAACCAGCCUCUUCCAACAGAUACCACAGCCUCACAGUCGAUAGUUACAGUUACUCAGGAAAAUCUGAAGAAAGAUUCUGGUCCUAAAGAUGUCGACCCGUUAUUACAACAAAACCAGCCUCUUCCAACAGAUACCACAGCCUCACAGUCGACAGUUACAGUUACUCAGGAAACUCUGAAGAAAGAUUCUGGUCCUAAAGAUGUCGACCCGUUAUUACAACAAAACCAGCCUCUUCCAACAGAUACCACAACCUCACAGUCGACAGUUACAGUUACUCAGGAAACUCUGAAGAAGGAUUCUGGUCCUAAAGAUGUUGACCCGUUAUUACAACAAAAUCAACAUCUUCCAACAGAUACUCCAGCCUCAACCUCAACUAUUGCAGCCGACAAAACGGAGACAAAUAUACUGAAUACUGUUGCAGAUUCUGUUCCUAAGAAUGUUGACCUUGUAGUGCCAUCCACCAUGCGUUCUCUGCCCAAUAUAAAGACCUCCAGAACUGCAAUUACUAAAUCUGAAGCCACCUCAUCUCCUAACAGUGCUAAGCUGGCUUAUGUGAACAAUGCAGUAUUAUCACCCAAUGUAAAGUAUGCUAGCUUGUCUGCGAGAAAAGCAGGAGUCAGUGAUUCUCCUAAUAGUGCUAAGAGCAGAGGCCUUAUUGAUACAACUGCUCCUUUCGAAUCAGUUAAAGAAGCUGUUUCCAAAUUUGGAGGAAUUGUUGAUUGGAAAGCCCAUAGAAUCCAAACUGUGGAGAGACGCAAACUUGUGGAGCAAGAACUGGAGAAAGCACAGGAGGAGAUUCCGGAGUAUCAGAGACGAUCCGAGAUUGCUGAAGAUGAGAAAACAAAAGUAUUGAAGGAGCUGGACAGCACGAAGAGACUUGUAGAAGAAUUGAAGCUUAACCUGGAGAGAGCACAAACAGAAGAGAGUCAGGCAAAACAAGACUCAGAACUUGCCAAACUAAGGGUGGAAGAGAUGGAGCAAGGUAUUGCUGAUGAGGCCAGUGUUGCAGCCAAGGCACAGCUUGAGGUUGCCAAGGCAAGGCAUACAGCUGCAGUGACAGAGCUAAAAUCUGUUAAAGAGGAGCUGGAAGCACUGCACAAGGAAUAUGCUUCUUUAGUGACUGAGAAAGACAUGGCUAUCAAAAAUGCCGAAGAGGCCAUUGCUGCAUCCAAGGAAGUUGAGAAAACAGUUGAAGACCUAACUAUUGAACUGAUUGCGACAAAGGAGUCUUUGGAGUCUGCACAUGCUGCCCAUUUGGAAGCAGAGGAACAAAGGAUUGGAGCAGUCAUGGCCAAGGAACAAGAUUCUCAUCAUUGGGAAAAGGAGAUAAAGCAGGCAGAGGAGGAGCUUCAGAGACUUAACCAGCAAAUUCUGUCAGCUAAGGAUCUUAAGUCCAAACUAGACACAGCCUCGGCCUUGCUUCUUGAUUUAAAAGCUGAAUUAGCUGCUUAUAUGGAAUCAAGAUUCAAGGAGGACAGUGAUGGAGGACAAUCGAAAGAUGAGCAAGAAACACCGGAGAGGAAAACUCAUACUGAUAUACAAGCAGCAGUUGCUUCAGCAAAGAAGGAGCUGGAAGAAGUGAAGCUCAACAUAGAGAAAGCAAUUGCUGAAGUAAAUUGCUUAAAGGUGGCUGCCUCGGCAUUGAAGUCUGAACUUGAAAGUGAGAAAUCAGCUCUUGCCACCAUUAGGCAAAGAGAAGGAAUGGCAUCAGUGGCUGUGGCAUCUCUAGAAGCUGAACUGGACAGGACUAGGUCAGAAAUAGCUGUAGUUCAGAUGAAGGAGAAAGAUGCCAGAGAGAAGAUGGUGGAGCUACCCAAAGAGUUGCAGCAAGCAGCACAACAGGCUGACCAGGCAAAGGUACUAGCCAAAAUGGCUGCUGAAGAUCUGCGUAAGGCAAAAGAAGAAGCAGAUCAAGCAAAGGCUGGAGCAAGUACUAUGGAGAGUAGAUUAUUAGCAGCACAAAAGGAAAUAGAGGCUGCAAGGGCUUCUGAAAGGUUAGCGUUAGCAGCAAUCAAAGCAUUGCAGGAGAGUGAGCAAGCCCGAUCCACCCCCGCUGAUGCUGAUUCACCGCCUGGAGUAACACUCUCUAUAGGGGAGUAUUAUGAGCUCAGCAAACGUGCCCAUGAGGCAGAGGAGCAGGCAAACACGAGAGUUGCCGCUGCAAGUUCCAAAAUUGAGGCAGCCAAGGAGUCUGAGCUGAGAAGCUUGGAGAAGUUGGAAGAAGUGAGUAGGGAAAUGGCUUCGAGAAAAGAAGCACUCAGGAUGGCAAUGGAGAAGGCUGAGAAGGCCAAGGAAGGGAAAUUGGGUGUUGAACAGGAGCUGAGAAAGUGGAGAGCCGAACACGAGCAACGACGAAAGCUUGGUGAACCUGGUCAGGCAGCUGUAAACCCCACUAAAAGCCCAAGGGGUAGUUUUGAGGGAGUGAAAGAUUCUAAAGGCUUUGACCAGGCACCUGUCUCUGCAGUACGUGACCCUUAUGGUUCAAGCCCCAACCAUGCAUCAGGAAAUGUCACUGGAAGUGAGCCAUCCCCCCAAGAAGUAAAGGGUGGAAAGAAGAAGAAGAAGUCAUUUUUCCCACGGAUUUUUAUGUUUUUGGCCAGAAGAAAGCAUGCGAAAAAUCAAGCUGCACGUUGAAAUCAAUGCAUACCUUUGUUGUUGUGAGUUUACAUCUUUUCUCAGGGCGAUUUCCAGAGUGACUGUAAAUGCGGGAUUUGAUCUGACAGAUUAUUACUUCACUGUACAUGUCGACAUUGGUAUAUUAUUUUUUGUAUGAUAAGUUGAUUGGACGAUAAUUUUGCUCAUUAUAAGGAUUGUAUGGCUGGUUGGUUUUUGGGGGCAAUAAGGUCGUUGUUGGUGCUUAGCUAGAGAUAAUAAGAGUGAUUCUGUGAUGUGUAGGCUUGGAAUGUAAAGUCAGCUCUUGUAAAAGUAAGUUUGUUGUUUGCUGUAAUGAAAAUUAUAUGGGUCCGAGUUUUUCCUUCGAGUA